AGCCAAAAGUGUUUUACUGGUGCAUUCAUUACCUUAAUUUUUCACACAACCAUUAAUCCAGUAAAUAAUUGAAAACUGGUUAAUAAUGUUAUAAAUUUUAAUUAUAAUGGCAAAUCACUAUGAAGUGCCCAAUUGGGCUGGUAAGCCGCCAACCGGACUCCACUUAGACGUUCUAAAAGGAGAUAAAUUAAUUCAGAAACUAAUGAUAGACGAGAAAAAAUGUUAUUUAUUUGGACGGAAUCCUCAAAUGAAUGACUUCUGCAUUGAUCAUGCUAGCUGCUCGAGGGUGCACGCUGCUCUGGUCUACCACAAACAUUUGAAUAGAUCAUUUUUAGUCGACCUUGGUAGCACUCAUGGCACUUAUAUUGGAAAAAUGCGCUUAGAAUCAAACAAACCAACACAAUUACCGAUCGAUUCUAAUUUUCAUUUUGGAGCUUCAACCAGGAAUUAUAUUAUAAGAGAACGCCCAACUGGGACAUCACGUGGUAUAAUGGAGGAUCUCCCUAAUACAGAAACUGAAGGAGCAUUGCUCGGCCUGCCUGAAACACAAACCGAACUAGAUAACUUGACUGAAUUCAACACAGCCCACAACAGAAGAAUAUCGAUGCUUGGUAUAUCAACCGAAGAUGGAACUGAUGUUAUCAAGCCCACAACCGGUACGAAGCGUACCGUUUCGAUGCCGGUCGGCGUGCCGAAGAAGCAGAAAAGAAACGUGUCUUUCAACGAAGAAGUGGACAUUAUCAAUCCCGAAGACAUAGAUCCGUCCAUAGGCCGUUUCAGGAACUUGGUCAAGUCGACGAUCGUGCCGAAUGCGAACGCCAUACCCAAGAAACUGAAGUUGCAGAGCGCCGAGGAAAAUCAACAUCACCACUCGCUGAGGCUGCAGGAGAUAUCUCGGGGUGGGAAUCUGUACUCGGAUUUGCCUGCACCAAGCUCGCAUCUAAGUUUGAUUGGAGCCAGGCUCGGUCUAUCGUUGCCGAACCCGGCGCCCGAAGUGGAGCUCGAAGGUCCGGAACCGUUCAUGCUGCACGCGCCCUUACCGACCACAGCACCCGAAGAACCAGGUUCGUCGGCCGGCCCGCGAAAGAAGAAGUACGCCAAGGAGGCGUGGCCAGGCCGGAAGCCAAGUCUCAUACCGGGCGUGUGAAGCGAAACUGAAGUCGGAACGUUUUAAAAACUUAAAAGUAAAUAAACAACCAUGUCCUUUUGUGUUCAGCGUUUGAAUGGAGCUUGCGGUAUCGGAGAGUCAAUGUAAAACGAAGUCUCUCGUUUCUGUGUGAUGGUUUGUCAAUGAGCUCACGUGAUAUACGAUUUGAAUUAGUGACGCCGGAGUUGUUCUCGGAAGUCAAGGAUUGUGCUGGCGAAUCCGAAUAUUCAAUUCAUUGUCACGCGCUGGAGAUAAAUAAAAAAUCUA